GUUAACCCCGCAGUCCAUCGCAAACAUGGCGGGCUGUGGAGGCGAUGUAAUGCGCCCAUGGCACGAAUCUGGAUCCCUGGACGACGCCACCUCUCUUUCCGUACCCGAGGAGAAACCGCGAAAGAGGAGAGCGUUCUGCCUGGUCCGGAUGAAGUCUCGCCACACCGACCGCAAACAGCAGCAACAACCCGCGGCGGCAAAUAACAACAUGCCGUUCAUCAUCAAUUGCCAAAUAGGCAGAGAGAUCAAACACAUUUGCAGCAACUGCCGCGGAGCAGACCAUGUGGAAGCUGAGGAAGUGGAGCGACUGGCGGCGAUGCGCUCUGAUUCAUUGGUACCAGGCACGCAUACACCUCCCAUCCGACGGCGCAGCAAGUUUGCCACUCUGGGUCGUCUCUUUAAGCCAUGGAAAUGGAGGAAGAAGAAGAGUGAGAAGUUCAAACAGACCUCAGCUGUGUUGGAGAGGAAAAUGUCCACUCGCCAGAGCAGAGAAGAGCUGAUUAUGAAAGGGGUGCUGAAGGAGGUUUAUGACAAAGAUGGCUCAGCCCAGGCUAUGCGUGAGGAGGUGAAAUUGGACAAUGGUCGUUCCCCUGUGCUUGGCUCUGGCCUGUCAGAGACUGAAGGAGCUGAGCUCAUGGAAGGAGCAACUUCAGCCAUAGGUACAAUGGAGUUCCAGAUGCCUGGUGAGGCAGGGUGCCAACAAGAUCACACCCAGAAAUCCAACCAAGUACUUCCCACUAAAAAGCCCACUGUGUAUCCAGGUGACGGUGCUGAGUCAACACUCUCCAGACCUCCUGCACUCCACAAACAACCCCCUGCGUUGCCACCCAAACCCUUUAACAGGCUGCCCAAUCACAUUGCAGAAGGUGCCCCAGUGAAGUUGCCAUGUAUGUCAGUGAAGCUGUCUCCUCCUCUACCUCCUAAGAAGCUCAUGAUAUGUGUGCCUGCGGCAAGUAUGGAGCCCUCACCCCUUGCCUUCCAGAAGUGCCCCCCUCCAAGCCAUACUCCGCUGGUUGGGCACUCUGUGCAGUACGGCACCCUGCCUGUUCCUCUCCACCCUCCCAGCCGUAUAAUAGAGGAACUCAACAAGACCCUGGCUCUCACCAUGCAAAGGUUUGAGGGCUCCAUGGUGCAUGCUCUUCCCACGGUGAUGAUCGAGUGUGACGAUGACAAAGAAAACCUCCCGAAUGAGUUGGACUAUGAAGAUCUGCCAAGUAUGUACAAGGAUGAAGAAGAUGAGGAUGAAGAGGACGAGGAAGAAGAGGAGGAGGAAGAUGACGAGGAGGAUGACGAUGACACACUGUUCACAAGCACACUAGCUAUGAAGGUACUGAGAAAGGACUCGCUGGCCAUCAAGAUAAGUAACCGUCCAUCUAAGAGAGAGCUGGAGGAAAAGAAUAUCCUGCCCAUCCAGUCGGACCAAGAGAGACUGGAAUCAAGGCAACAGAUAGGCACCAAGCUAACACGGCGGCUGAGUCAACGGCCAACAGCAGAGGAACUGGAACAGAGGAACAUACUCAAACCACGCAAUGAGUUGGAGGAGCAAGAGGAGAAGAGGGAGAUCAAGCGACAUCUAACUAGAAAACUCAGCCAGAGGCCCACAGUGGAGGAGCUGAGGGAGGCCAAGAUUCUGAUCCGCUUCAGUGACUACGUAGAGGUAGCCGAAGCUCAGGACUAUGACAGGAGGGCAGACAAACCCUGGACUCGGCUAACUGCAGCUGAUAAGGCUGCCAUACGGAAGGAACUGAAUGAAUUCAAAAGCACAGAAAUGGAGGUGCACGAGUCGAGUCGUCAUCUGACCAGGUUUCACCGGCCAUAAUAAAAAAAAUCAUUCAGAACGUGGCCAUACUUUUUUUACUCCCACAAAUGCCUCAAGGGCUGAACUGCUACUUGUUGCCCCUGUGUUUCUAACUGAUACUUUUCC